ACAUUCCAUCCGUCGAUUGAAGAGGAGGAAAAGAAAGAAGCAGAAGAAGAAGAAGGUUACCAUAAUCAAGAAGAUGGCGUCGUUGACUGCAAGUCGUCCAACCCUCGGCGGUUUCAGUUUUGACAACUGUAAAAGAAAUGCAUUCCUUGAUGACAAAGCGAAGGAAUUGGGUUGUAAUUUGCCUGCUCCUCGUAAGACUGGAACUACAAUUUGUGGCAUUGUGUUCAAGGAUGGGGUCAUCCUGGGAGCUGACACCAGAGCCACUGAGGGCAUGGUAGUGGCUGACAAGAAUUGCUCCAAGAUACACUACAUCUCACCCAACAUCUAUUGUUGUGGAGCAGGAACAGCUGCAGACACCGAAAUGACCACUCAGAUCAUCUCCUCCAAUCUGGAACUGCACUCCCUCUCCACAGGCAGACUGCCUCGCGUGGCCACUGCAAACCGCUUGUUUAAGCAAAUGCUUUUCAGGUAUCAGGGGUACAUUGGGGCUGCUCUUGUCCUGGGUGGAGUGGAUUGUAACGGUCCUCAUCUUUACAGCAUCUACCCUCAUGGCUCCACUGACAAGCUCCCAUAUGUCACCAUGGGUUCUGGAUCCCUGGCGGCCAUGGCAGUGUUUGAAGACCGAUACAAGCCCAACAUGGAAGAAGCGGACGCCAAGAAGCUUGUGCGUGAUGCUAUCGCUGCAGGAAUCUUCAACGAUCUGGGUUCAGGCAGCAACAUAGAUCUGUGUGUUAUUACCAAGGAUCAGGUGGACUACAUUCGACCCCACGAUGAGGCCAACAAGAAGGGCAUCAGAACUGGUGACUACAAGUAUAAAAGAGGAACCACAGUUGUGCUGACCAAGCAGGUGACACCAUUCAACCUGGAUGUGAUGGAGGAAAGUGUACAAACUAUGGAUACUUCCUAAUAGAAAUGUAUUUAUUUUGGUAAAUGCAAUGUCACUGCUUUCUUUUCAAUAAAAUUCACAUUUUC